AUGCAACAAUUCAAAAAAAUACCAUAUGAAUACUUGGAGCAAAAUGAUAAGGGAAAUUUAAAUUUAGGAUUUAAUUUAAAACAAUUUAUUCAACAAAUUCCACCAUUCUCUCCAUCAUUUAUAAGUACACAUCAAUUAAUAUUAACUGAAAAUUAUGAAAGUGAAUUAAUGGCAGAUAUUUUUAGAUUUGCUUCUUUACCAAGAAAUAAAGAGGAGUUGAUAAAAUUUGGAGAUGCAGAAUUAGAAGAAUUGAUUAGAUUUUAUGAAAAAUCUUAUUCGUCAAAUUAUCCUAUUCCAAUAAUUGAUUCUGAAAAUAUAAGAAACGAAUGGUAUCUUUUUAAGGAAAUUAUUUAUUGA